GUGAGCGCGACGUCGAAUCAACAACAAAAUGUUCAAACGAACAAGAUGCAAUAUAAUCAUUGGCAUUUGUAUUUUUGUGGCUGUAAUCGUAACAAUUUUGAUUGUAAAAUUUCAUCAUAAGAUCCGAUUCGAUGACGAUUAUUUGCUGACACCAAAAUUUGACUUGUCAACCAAAUUCAAUGCCAACAACGCAAACAAUGCAAACUGCAAAAACCAAUUUGGAAUCAAUUUCAAAAGUUUUCUGCAACAAGUUAUUUGCCCGGCAAAAGAUUUCUAUAUUGACUUACACGAUGCCAUUGAAUACAUGGAAUCAAAAGAAUCGCAUAACACUGAAACGGAUGCCAAACUGAAAGAAACUGAAACGCUUGCAGAUUUUUUCAACUUCGGCCCAAUGGAAAAUCUGACUGUAUUGGAUAAAUUUAAUCUGGAAAUCAAACAAACCGAACUGUAUGCGGAGAAUUCAAGUUUGGUUGGCGAACUUUUGCACGAAAUGAAGACGCGAAAAAUCAUAAGAGUCGAGGAAAAGAGUGGUGGAACUCAGCUGAAAUUCAAAAUUAUAUAUGACAACGGAAUGUAUGCACUAGCCAAACCAAUGAGAUUCUCGCGGGAAAUGGAAAUCGCUCUUCCUAAUCAAAUGCAAUAUGCCGAAUUUGAACGACAUACGGCAGAAAUUGCUGCAUAUCAUCUGGACAGACUAUUGGGAUUUCGCCGAACAAUGCCGGUUAUUGGUCGAAUACUUAAUGUGACAUCUGAAAUAUAUGAAAUAGCACAUAAUAAUUUAUCGGACACCUUUUUCGAAUCAGACGGACCAGAAAAGAAUCAAUGCUUUUAUGGUACCUGCUCGCAAUAUUGUGACAAAUUUCAUGCCUUUUGUGCAAACAAGGAUUUGCUUGAAGCGGCGUUUAUUGGCUUUCUACCCACUUAUUUUGAUGUUAAAAUAAAGGAAUACGAAAACCCAUGGAAGAAAUCAUAUGAUCGGAAACGAAAGGCCAUUUGGCAACAUGAUCCCCAGUAUUGUGAAAAGGUUAAGAGGCGAAAUGAAUUCAAAAGUGGGCCACGACUGCUUUAUCUCAUCGAUUUGAUAAUUUUCGAUUUUUUGACGGGCAAUAAAGAUCGACACAGUUAUGAGAUGUUUGGACCGUUCCAUGAUCCAAACUUCCUUAUUAAUUUCGACAAUGGAAGAGCUUUUGGACACCCAUACUAUGACGAAGAAUUAAAUUUAAUACCAUUGGCACAAUGCUGUAUCAUACGAUCGUCAACCCUGAAAACGCUUCUUAGGUUUCACAAUGGACCAAAGCCGUUGUCACAAUUGAUGAGAGAGUCAUUGGCAUCCGAUCCAAUUGCAGCAAAUGCGCCAGUUUUGAUAGAACCACAUUUAGAGGCAUUGGACAGGCGUGUCGACAUUAUUUUGAGAACAUAUCGUGAGUGCAUUGAGAAUAAUCUUGUUGAUGACGUCAUAUUUUCCGGUGAUAAUUUUGAAUAUAAAUCAGAAUCCACCACCUCGGACGUUUCGGAUUGGUAGUAACCGCAAACAAUAACAUGUUUGUUACUCAUGGACUAUUGCGAUUUUUUUUUGGAAAUGUAAAUAAAAGAUUCAUACUUGAAAUUACACAAUAAAUUUUUGUUUGAACAGUUUGC